AUCCUAACUCCACACUCGCCAGUUGAGCACAUUGAGUCAAGAGCAGGAUUUUCUUUUCCAUUCAGGAGGAAGAAGAAUCAGUGCAGUACUGAUUCCUUAGGAACCUGGAAACAUGGAGCUCUUGGAGUCAGUGGGAACGACUGCUCAAGGGGUUUCUCUGUCAUUUUUGCAGUCCAUGGGGGGAUGAGGGAGGGACAGAGUCCAAAGGUGCAGCAGCGUAGCCUGAAGGUAAAAGCUAAAGGGUCUGAUUUCCUCUCUUUUGCUAGAUUGGAGGGCCACUCACUCUGGGGUGCCUUCGAUUCCUUAUUCAUCACACAGCAGUGCAGCGUGGGAAAAUUCCUCACCUCACCUUAGGGUUGUCGCAAAGGAGAAAGAUCAGAAGCAGAAGUUGGGAGACCCGAGCCUAGGACCCUAGGUUCACAGCACAGGGGCUACUGGGCGCGCACAAGUUCUGAGGGUACUGGCACGGGAAAAUCCGGAGUUGAGAAGCCGUCUUCACAAGAGGUGAGCCACGUAGCUCCCUGGGAUCUCAGACUGAGGGGAUCUGUACCCGACAGACGAAUUUUACAGUGAUCUUUGUCUCACCCUUAGGAUGACAGUAACUGGCAUUUAUAGCAUGUUUACUAUCCCAAGGUUUCUUGCACAAUUAAAAAAAAAAGAUUUUAUUUACUUAUUCAUGAGAGGCACACAGAGAGGCAGAGACGCAGGCAGAGGGAGAAGCAGGCUCCCUGCAGGGAGCCCCAUGUGGGACUCGAUCCCAGGACCCCAGAACCACGACCUGAGCUGAAGGCAGAUGUUCACCACUGAGCCACCCAGGUGCCCCAGAUUCCUUGCACAGGUAUCUUAUUUAGUCAUCACCUAAACCCAGUUACAUUAUCCCAGUUUAUAGAUUAAAAAAACUAAGCCGCCCCCAAAUUAAUUUGGCCAAUGUCACUUAGCUAGAUAGUCGAAAUGUCAGUUUCCUCACCUAUACAAUGAACUACUAACAGAACUAGACUAUCGCCUGCUGAUUUGUCACAGAAUCGCUCGAGAUGGUCGCGAGCCACGAAGAAGCAAAAAAAACCCGGGGAACAGAGGGAGCCGCUGUAAAGCCAGUUCUGCGUUUCCCAGGAUUGAAUCGGAGAUUCCUUCUUCAAGGCGCAGGCGCAGGCGCAGGCGCGCCAGGGGUGAGGGGCGUGGCCUCCCCGGCGCCCCUUGCGCAGGCCACGGUCGCCCUCUGCCGACGUCGGGCGGGAGAGCGCGAAGACGGAAGGUUCCCGGGUCUGAGAGUCGACGGAGAAGCUUGCCGGCCAGUAGAGGACGCUGCCGGCGUGCAGCGUAAACCCCCUUGCCCGUCCCUUCCUUAAGCACUUCCUGUGUGAUCUCUAUGGUUCUUCGGUUGCGACAUGGGAAGUUCCUUUAGUUUAUAAUGUACUGUAAACAAAAGGGGGCCUGCGCCGACCCGGAAGUGGAAACCGGAGCAGGCCCGGAAUAGCUCCGAAGGCCGGCAGUCAAGUGGAGUGGCGGCGGCUGUAGCCAUGGCGGUGGCGGUGGCGGUGGCCGUGGCGGGAGCCGUAACCGGCACAGAGCUGGGUCCCGCGGAAGAACUCGCCAAACUUGAGUAUCUGUCUUUAGUGUCGAAAGUUUGCACCGAGCUGGACAAUCACCUGGGGAUCAACGACAAGGAUCUGGCUGAAUUCGUGAUCAGUCUGGCUGAGAAAAAUACCACCUUUGAUACUUUUAAGGCUUCUCUGGUCAAAAAUGGUGCUGAAUUCACGGAUUCUCUUAUUAGUAACUUGCUGCGCCUCAUACAAACCAUGCGGCCUCCAGCAAAGCCUUCUACUAGCAAAGAUCCAGUUGUUAAACCCAAAACCGGAAAAGAAAAGCUAAAGGAACUCUUCCCGGUCCUUUGCCAACCAGACAACCCUUCUGUCCGGACCAUGCUGGAUGAAGAUGAUGUGAAAGUUGCUGUGGAUGUCCUGAAAGAACUGGAGGCCUUAAUGCCCAGUGCAGCGGGCCAGGAGAAGCAAAGAGAUGCUGAGCACCGGGACAAGGCAAAGAAGAAGAAGCGGAGCCGAAGCCGCGACCGUGACCGAGAGCGGGAGCGAGACCGUGAUAGAGAACACAAGAGGAGACACCGGUCCCGCUCUCGGUCGCGUUCCAGGACCUGGGAAAGGAAUAAAGGGAAGUCAAGGUAUCGGUCCAGGAGCAGAAGUCAGAGUCCCCCCAAAGACAGGAAGGACCGGGACAAGUAUGGGGAGAGGAACCUGGACAGAUGGCGGGAUAAGCAUGUGGACCGUCCUCCCCCAGAAGAGCCUGCCAUCGGGGACAUUUACAAUGGCAAAGUUACCAGCAUAAUGCAGUUUGGAUGCUUUGUGCAGCUGGAGGGAUUAAGGAAGCGGUGGGAAGGCCUGGUGCACAUCUCUGAGCUCCGACGAGAAGGUCGUGUGGCCAAUGUCGCUGAUGUGGUAAGCAAAGGCCAGAGGGUGAAGGUCAAAGUACUGUCUUUCACUGGGACCAAGACCAGUCUGAGCAUGAAGGAUGUGGAUCAAGAGACUGGAGAAGAUCUAAAUCCCAACCGACGACGAAAUCUUGUUGGGGAGACCAAUGAGGAGACUUCAAUGAGGAAUCCGGAUAGACCCACUCACCUCUCCCUCGUCAGUGCCCCUGAAGUAGAAGAUGAUUCACUGGAGCGCAAGCGCCUUACCCGCAUUUCUGACCCAGAGAAGUGGGAGAUCAAACAGAUGAUUGCUGCCAAUGUCCUUUCCAAAGAAGAGUUUCCAGACUUUGAUGAAGAGACUGGCAUUCUCCCUAAAGUGGAUGAUGAAGAAGAUGAAGAUCUUGAGAUCGAACUGGUUGAAGAAGAGCCUCCAUUCCUAAGAGGGCACACCAAGCAAAGCAUGGACAUGAGCCCUAUUAAAAUUGUUAAGAACCCGGAUGGUUCCCUCUCCCAAGCAGCAAUGAUGCAGAGUGCCUUAGCCAAAGAAAGGCGGGAACUCAAGCAGGCCCAGCGGGAAGCUGAGAUGGAUUCUAUUCCCAUGGGGCUCAACAAACACUGGGUUGAUCCUCUGCCUGAUGCGGAAGGCAGGCAGAUUGCUGCCAAUAUGAGAGGUAUUGGGAUGAUGCCCAAUGACAUUCCCGAGUGGAAGAAGCAUGCCUUUGGGGGCAACAAAGCUUCUUAUGGGAAAAAGACCCAGAUGUCAAUCAUUGAGCAGAGAGAGAGCCUGCCCAUCUACAAACUGAAGGAGCAGCUGGUCCAGGCUGUCCAUGACAAUCAAAUCCUGAUUGUUAUUGGAGAGACAGGAUCUGGGAAGACAACGCAGAUCACCCAGUACCUGGCAGAGGCAGGCUAUACUUCCCGGGGCAAGAUAGGAUGUACCCAGCCCAGAAGAGUAGCAGCCAUGUCAGUGGCCAAAAGAGUGUCAGAGGAGUUUGGUUGUUGCCUGGGCCAAGAGGUGGGCUACACCAUUCGAUUUGAGGACUGUACCAGCCCAGAGACCGUGAUCAAGUACAUGACAGACGGGAUGUUGCUCCGCGAGUGCCUGAUUGACCCCGACCUCACACAGUAUGCGAUCAUCAUGUUAGAUGAGGCUCAUGAGAGAACCAUUCACACUGAUGUGCUAUUUGGAUUGUUGAAGAAGACGGUUCAGAAACGGCAAGACAUGAAGCUAAUUGUCACCUCAGCCACAUUGGAUGCAGUGAAGUUUUCUCAGUACUUCUAUGAAGCCCCCAUCUUCACCAUUCCAGGUCGAACAUACCCAGUGGAAAUACUAUACACGAAGGAACCUGAGACAGAUUAUCUGGAUGCCAGCUUGAUCACUGUCAUGCAGAUCCACCUAACAGAACCACCAGGUGAUAUCCUGGUCUUCCUCACUGGUCAGGAGGAGAUUGAUACUGCUUGUGAGAUCCUUUAUGAAAGAAUGAAAUCCCUGGGACCGGAUGUUCCAGAGCUGAUCAUCCUGCCAGUGUACUCUGCUCUUCCCAGUGAAAUGCAGACCCGAAUCUUUGACCCAGCUCCACCUGGCAGCAGAAAGGUCGUGAUUGCCACCAACAUCGCAGAGACCUCGCUGACUAUUGAUGGCAUCUACUAUGUGGUGGACCCUGGGUUUGUGAAACAGAAAGUUUACAAUUCCAAGACUGGCAUUGACCAGCUUGUGGUCACUCCGAUUUCUCAGGCUCAGGCAAAGCAACGAGCUGGCAGAGCUGGGCGGACGGGCCCAGGGAAGUGUUACAGGCUGUACACUGAACGUGCCUACCGAGAUGAAAUGCUGACCACCAAUGUGCCGGAAAUCCAGAGGACCAACCUGGCGAGCACGGUGCUCUCGCUCAAGGCCAUGGGCAUCAAUGACCUGCUGUCCUUUGACUUCAUGGAUGCCCCACCAAUGGAAACCUUGAUCACAGCCAUGGAGCAGCUCUAUACGCUGGGGGCCUUGGACGAUGAGGGCCUGCUCACUCGUCUGGGCCGCAGGAUGGCAGAAUUUCCCCUGGAGCCAAUGCUGUGCAAGAUGCUGAUCAUGUCCGUGCACCUGGGCUGCAGUGAGGAGAUGCUGACCAUCGUGUCCAUGCUGUCAGUGCAGAAUGUCUUCUAUAGGCCCAAGGAUAAACAAGCCCUCGCAGAUCAGAAGAAAGCCAAAUUCCACCAGACUGAAGGGGACCACCUCACCCUGCUGGCCGUGUACAACUCCUGGAAGAACAACAAGUUCUCCAACCCAUGGUGCUAUGAGAACUUCAUCCAGGCGCGCUCCCUGCGCCGGGCCCAGGAUAUUCGCAAGCAGAUGUUAGGCAUAAUGGACAGACACAAGCUGGAUGUGGUCUCCUGUGGCAAGUCCACAGUGCGAGUGCAGAAGGCCAUCUGCAGUGGAUUCUUCCGAAACGCUGCCAAGAAAGACCCACAGGAGGGCUACCGGACACUGAUCGACCAGCAGGUGGUCUACAUUCACCCUUCCAGUGCUCUUUUCAACAGACAACCCGAAUGGGUAGUGUACCAUGAGCUGGUGCUGACGACGAAGGAGUACAUGCGUGAGGUCACCACUAUUGACCCCAGGUGGCUUGUGGAGUUUGCUCCAGCCUUCUUCAAGGUCUCCGACCCGACCAAGCUAAGCAAGCAGAAGAAGCAGCAGCGUCUAGAACCCUUGUACAAUCGUUACGAGGAGCCCAACGCUUGGAGAAUAUCCCGGGCCUUCCGACGGCGCUGAGAGGCGAGACUUAUCUGCCUGCCUCUCUCCUGCAGUGGUGGCCUAGGGCCUGGACUCAACUCUUAGCAAGGAAAAGCUGGUCCUGGGGAUACAGCUGUCCAGUGACUAAAUAUCUUCACUGGCCAUUUUCUAAACUUGCUUCUUAACUUCUUCCCUGGUAGUAAAAUAGAAACAGGGAUUUACGCCUGGUUUGACCAGAACCCCCAGCUCUGACCCCAUCAAGACACUGUGGCCAGCUGGGGCUCACAGCCAGUGUGGGAGUACAGGGCAUUGUCUCCACGAGACGGACAACUCAUGUAGCCCUAGGACGGGAAGAGUCGUGAGCAUCUGAACCCAGGUGUAGUGAGGGCCUGAUGCCCUAGCUGGGACUCUGGAGAAGGGAGCCAUGAAGCUCAUUGACAGUUGGCCCCACCUCCUGCCCCUGUCCAGCCCCUGUGCUUUUGUUUAACCUCCUAGAAAUAUUUAUUUUCCUAUGGAAACAUA